AUGGGGCUGCAGUGUUUACCAGGGGACAGCAUCAUCACUGGUGUCUUUCAGGACAAACAGGGUCAUUUCCAGGUGCAUGAGCUGAGUAUGAAGGUCUUUGGGCAACACACUGCUCUUAAAAUCAUUGGUGUCUUCAAGCCCAAGAAUGAGGAGCCUUAUGGGCAGCUGAACCCCAAGUGGACCAAGUGGCUGCAGAAGUUGUGCUGCCCGUGCUGCUUUGGGAGAGACUGCCUCGUCCUCAACCAGGGAUACUUGUCAGAGGCAGGUGCCAGCCUGGUGGACCAAAAAUUGGAACUCAACAUUGUUCCCCGCACAAAGGUGGUGUAUCUGGCCAGCGAGACCUUUAACUACAGUGCCAUCGACAGGGUGAAGUCCCGAGGAAAGAGGCUGGCCCUGGAGAAGGUGCCCAAAGUCGGCCAGCGCUUCAACCGCAUUGGCCUGCCGCCCAAGGUGGGCUCCUUCCAACUCUUUGUGGAAGGCUACAAGGAUGCCGACUACUGGCUGCGGCGGUUCGAAGCUGAGCCGCUCCCAGAGAACACCAACCGGCAGCUGCUGCUGCAGUUCGAGCGGCUGGUGGUGCUGGACUACAUCAUCAGGAACACAGAUCGGGGCAAUGACAACUGGCUCAUCAAGUACGACUGUCCCCUGGACAGUGCGGGUGUGCGGGACAGUGACUGGGUGGUUGUGAAGGAGCCCAUCAUCAAGCUGGCUGCUAUAGACAACGGUUUGGCCUUUCCCUUGAAACACCCAGACUCCUGGAGAGCAUAUCCAUUCUACUGGGCAUGGCUGCCUCAGGCCAAAAUCCCCUUUUCACAGGAGAUCAAGGACCUUAUUCUUCCCAAGAUCUCGGAUCCCAACUUUGUCAAGGACCUGGAGGAAGAUUUGUAUGAGCUCUUCAAGAAAGACCCUGGCUUUGACAGGGGGCAGUUUCACAAGCAGAUUGCUGUCAUGAGAGGCCAGAUCCUGAACCUGACUCAGGCACUGAAAGAUGGGAAGAGCCCCCUGCACCUUGUUCAGAUGCCGCCUGUGAUUGUGGAGACGGCGCGUUCCCACCAGCGCACUGCCAGCGAGUCCUACACACAGAGCUUCCAGAGCCGCAAGCCUUUCUUCUCAUGGUGGUAG